GAAGAAGAAGGAACGCUACUACGUCAUCAAACGGCGACCGUGUUGUGUCAACACGAAGAGCUAACAGCGAAGAGUGAAGUUUGGACUCCAACUCCUCUUGCCUUUAACGCUGUCACGUGUUUGGCUGUUCCACAGUUUGGGAGCAUUUGUGACAAAGGAUGCAUCUCCAAUUCUCCUUUUCGGGAGGUUUUGAGGAGCUAGGAAACCAGCAGUGGAGGAUCUACAGAACCAGUCAAAAGCUCUGCAGAACUGAAUGAGGUGCAGCUUUCUGCCAGUGCUGUUUCAGAAGUGCUGCUGCUGCCAGGAUGGGCCAGCAGCUCUCAGGUCAGGGGGUGAUGAACCGUCUGCCUGAGAAGCUGGUGAAACACGCCGGACUGGUGCGUGACAGCGGCUACCUGACCUACGAGGAGUUUCUGGGGAGGGUGGCCGAACUUAACGACGUUACGGCCAAGCUAGCUACUGGACAGCAGAAGCACCUUCUGUUUGAGGUGCAGCCAGGAUCCGAUGCCACGGCGUUGUGGAAGGUGGCUGUCAGGGUCCUCUGCACCAAGAUCAACAAAGAGAACGGUACGAUGGAAGCGUCGCGCAUCAUGAACCUGUACCAGUUCAUCCAGCUGUACCGUGACAUCACCAGCCAGGCUGCUGAGGUGCUGUCAGCAGAGGGCGCCACCGAGGGCCCGUCUGCCCAGCUGCCCUCCACAGACUCCUGCCAGGCCAGCAUGUGGAUGGGCAGAGUGAAGCAGCUGACCGAUGAGGAGGAGUGCUGCAUCUGCAUGGACGGGAAGGCCGACCUCAUUCUGCCCUGUGCACACAGCUUCUGCCAGAAGUGCAUUGAUAAAUGGAGCGGGCAGAGCAGAAACUGUCCGAUAUGCCGCCUGCAAGUGACGGCAGCCAAUGAAUCGUGGGUAAUGUCCGACUUCCCCACAGAGGACGACAUAGCAGGCUACAUCCUCAACCUGGCGGAUGAGGCGGGCCACCCACACAGGCCUUAACACACACAGCACAUUGAGCAAAUUAGGUGACAAAAGAAGUCGAUUCGCACUAAGUAGACUUGACAUGUUGCAACACAAAACGUCACUUUCACUGAAGAGGAGGAGAUCUUUUCCGUAAAAAAAAAAAAAGAACGCAGGCUAAACCAGCAGGGUUUCCUACUCCUUUUGUUCUUCGGGAAAGGUUUGGAAAAUGAAACCUUUGUCUCUUUAAAAAAAAAUCCCAGGAUGCUCUUUGUAACCCGAGUAUUGUAGAUGUGGUGCUUUAUGGGAACUGUGUGUGAUAAUACGUUGUCUGAAGUCAAAAUCCCGUAUUUGUAGUAUGUUAUAAUGAAUUAUAAUCUAUUAAUUGAACACACAGAUUAACCAGAAGUACAGGUUUUACAGUAAUUUUCGGGUUAAUUUAAUCAACAUGGGUGAGAUAGACCUGUGUUGGGAGUAAGGCACUCUUUAUGAUAGGAAUCCUAUCAUGUGAUGGGACGGACGCUGAGACAAAGGAGGCGCACUAAGGUCAGAAAUUGAAAUAAAUAGUUGGAUAUAUUUUGGAUAAAUGAUUAUUCACUUUCUUUGGGAUCGUUAGAUGACAAGAUUGUUGGGAGUGGCAUCAAUCUUCUCAUCUCGCUCUCUGCCAGGAAGUGAAUUUGUUCCCCAAAAAAGGUUAAACUUUUGCUUCAGCUGCAAAUUGAACACACAGUUUCUGAUCAGACUGUAAAACCAACUCUCGUUUCCACCUGUGAAGCUGUUCUGUGGUCUGUGCAAUGUAACCCUGCAUGUUUAUGGCUCACAUGACAUGCGUUAUGUGAACCUGUUAUAAACUGAUGCUCUGAUCCAGUUCAGGACCCGACAUCGAGACUGAUUCUAAUCUUUUGGUUGUACAGAACUAAAUAGUUUUAUAUGAUUUUAAAUGACUUGGCUUGCUGUGGUGUCUUCUUCGCUGUUGGAAAUAACUACUAUUUGACAUUAUGCUAUUCUCAUCUUUUUACUUUGUAUAUAUUUAUUUUUCAUUUACCAUAAUUUUAUUAAGGUUAUUUUAAUCUGAUUGCUGUAGAAGUACUAUAGUUUACGUUCCAACACUAAGUCUUGUCUUUGAUUUGCUCUGUCAUGCCUAUGAUUGAAGACAUUAGAUUUAUUGAGAUAAGCAGCUUUUCUGUUACAAUUCACUCUUGUAUCAUUUAAAAUUAUGUUGAAUUUAAAAUCACAACAAAGUUUUAUUUUGAAUAAAUAGUUCUGACCUGGUUUCCAGUUCACAUAAAUCAAAUGCAGCACCUUUUAGUUUAGAGAACAGUGGUUUAGUGUUUCAGAAAAUGUGAACAUGUAUUAACCUUCAUUUACAUUAGAGUGAUGCAUUUCUAUUUUAUUGAAAUAUGAUGCAUUAUUUAAAGUUAUAAUAAUAUGGAAUGCUAAUUUAGCAUUUUGCUGUGUGACAUUCAGCAAGUUAAUCAGUUUCACAUUUAGCUCAUUUAACAUGUUUUUCCAAAUAUGAGACAAUAACCCCAAUUAUUCAACACUAAUGUUGUAUAAGCUUUUCAUUUUUUUUGCAGAGUAGCCAUUUCUUGAAUAGAUUUCUCUUCAUUUAACAGACCAUAAAACAUGUGAAUUUUUAAAUUGACCACAAGUCAUUUUUGGUUGUCGAUGCUGAAGAAUGGCACUUUGAAACAUCACUGUAGCUUUCUCUGUGUUUGUGCACUGCAACAACAGAGGAUUUUAUCUCUGUGGUAAAAAACAUUAUCUGACUUUAAUCCUUUUACGGCAGUACGACAAAAACAUAUGCAGCUCAUUCUCGAGUACUGCCUGGUCCGUUCAAAAUUGUAAAAAAAAGUUUGUAGGAAGGAGAUAAUGCACAACGUCCAUAAUAGAAAACAUUUGAUCCUACAGACAUACAUUGUAUGUGAAUUUGCUGAAUGACAGGAGAUUCUUACUGUAUUGUAUUAUCCUUAAUAAAGAGAUACUCACUUUUUGCACUUUAUGACUUUGUUAUGUUGGAUUUAAAGAAGGAUGUCUCAUCUCUUGGAUUUAUUUGCCAUUUAUCUGUCUUAUUUAAAAAAACAUGUAAAGAAAAUAAUGAUUCAAUAUUUUAAUUUCAUCAUGUCAGCCCAUUUCUCUAAUUGCACCUUUUUCCAUGUCUCCAGUGUAUUGGUAUUUUUUGUAGUGAUUUUGAGUCACUGGUUCUCAUUACAGAGAGCUAAUGGGGAAAAAAUAAUAUAAUAAUUUGCCAUAAAAAUAUUUUUACAUAAUAAAGAGGU